UCAAAACCCGACAUACCCAACCUUGGCCAUGGGCAAUAAGCGCAAGUCCAAGUAUGUCGGCUCCUGCGGCAUCUACGUCUUCCUAUGCUGCCCCGGAACGGCCCCAAAGCUCCUGGUGCAUCGACGGAGCAAGCAGGUCUCCGAGCCCUUGAGCCUGGCGGCGCCCGGGGGCAUCGUGGAGCGAUCCCUCUGCGGCGUCAGCGAGGAUUUGCGGUGGGGGGCGCAGUGCACUGCCCUCAAGGAGCUGGGCGAGGAGGCGGGCAUCUGGCUCACGGAGCUGCAGGCGGAGGAGCUCCUGGAUCUCCCGGCGGCGCCCGGCGCUUACUGGGGCGACGGCACUCACUUCAACUUCGGCUUCGUCUUUGAAGAGAUCCCAGAGGUCACUGGACCAGAGAGGGACUCUGUGCACGAGGUGGUCCGAGACGGCCUUGACGGGAUUGGCGAGCCUGCGGGUGAUGGGUUCCACGCCUGGGUGGAGCUGGAUGAGCUGUUGGAGCAUCCGGAGCUCAUGCCAGCGUGCCGGGAUCCCAUCGAGCAUUUCGCGAGGCAGGGCCUAAAGGUUGCGCCAGGGCGCAGGCGGAUCGGAGCGGUGUCCGGGAAGUGCGGGAGGCUGUGCUCUGACUCGCAAGCGAAGGCGCCGCUCGCAAAGAAGCCACGAGGCUCCGUCGCGAGGGCGCUGAACAAGUGACGCC